GAAAUUGAAAAAAUAAAUGAAUAUAAAAAAUGUGCGGAUAAUUGCCUUUUAUUAUUUUCAACUAGCAUAAGAUAUGAAAGAUAGAUAUUUAUUAAGAUGACAAAAAUAAAAUAAAUGAAGAUAUAAAACAUAAUAUAACGGAAAAAAAAGAGAAAUUGAAAAAAUAAAUGAAUAUAAAAAAUGGGUGGAAAACAGUAUACUGAGUUUUUCACAUUUUUUUCUUAUUUUUGUUGUAACAAUGCACAACAGAGCUUGAUAAUCGUGUCAGAGCCUGAUUUAAAGCGUCAUGAUCGCAUCAAAGCAUAAUAAAGUUCAAUAAAGCGUAAUAAAACGUAUCAAAGCGUGAUUUAAAGCGUAUCAAAGCGGGAUCAAAUUGUGAGGAACGGUAACAAAGCGGCAACUAAUUCGUAUCAGAGCGUAUCAGAGAGUAUCAGAGCGUAUCAAAGCAUAACAUUACUUCGGAGAUCGGGAUAUUCGUGGAAAAAUUGACAAAAAUGACGGCGCUUUGCUAGCCGCUUUAAAGCGCGGCGAGCGCCGUUGGUGUGAACCAGGCAUAAAUUACUUUCAAAUUCAUGUAAAAUUACAGUAAUUAUAUUUCAUUAAAUAUGUAGCCUGUUAUAUAAAAGUCUAUGUCCAUACUAACAAUCUAACACAGGGGUGUCAAACUCAAAUACAGAGUGGGCCAAAAUGUAAAACUUAACAAAGCCGCGGGCCAAGGUUGAACAAAUUAACCUUUAACGUACUCUACGAGCCGUCGUCACGUCCGCUUUUCAUCCAUUCUAACAUCGUUCAGACCCAGUCACAAGAUAUGUGCGGCUUCUGUACGCACCCACGAAUAUAAGUUGAAAAGUGUUUGCAAAUCAUUGUAUUCUGUUUUUAUUUACAAUUUACACAAGGUGCCAUCUUUACUGGAUUUGGGUUUUGUAGCUCCAUCAAGCUUUCAAUCACUCCCUGUGAUUGAAUAGAGGCUGUAAAAUGUUAUCUCUGCUCCACAAGUCUCCUCCAUUCACAACAGAAAUACAUCUUAUUUGCUAAUCGGUUCCUGUAGACCAUGUGUAUAAUUGGCUUUCUUGCAAAACAUUGAAAAAUUGCUUUGCUAAUCCCAGUGUGGGAAAUUGCCUCCGGAAGCUGCGGCCGGUUACGAGCGAUUGGACCGCGGCUUGCGUGCUCCUCACAGGUGUUCCUGGGAUCUCAGCCAAUGCUGUGCUUUGUGGUGAAGAUGGAUCAUCCGCUAAUGAGUGGCAGGGAAAGCACAGCCGAUACCGGACAUGGAGGACUAUGACGUUCGCUCAGCUGCCAGCAUCCUGGCGUCGGUGAAAGAGCAAGAGGCUCGUUUCGAGCAGUUGACCCGAGCGCUGGAGGAAGAGCGUCGCACCCUGCAGCUCGGGCGGGACAAUCCGCCGCCGAACCCUGCCACCAGCCAACCGUUGGCAUGGCAGCAGGUGGUGAUGCAGGAGCAGAGCCCCAGCAACGCCACUUCUAUGGCCAUGAUGCAGGAGCCGCAGGACGUGGUGGAGGAGACGGUCACCAUAGAAGAGGACCCUGGUACCCCGACUUCUCAUGUUUCCGUCGUCACCUCCGACGACGGGACCACGCGGCGCACAGAAACUAAGGUGACCAAAAUGGUGAAGACAGUGACCACACGAACGGUGCGACAGGUUCCUCUCGGUCCCGAUGGCUUGCCUAUGCCUGAGGGCUCGUCCCCUUUGGGAAGCUACACAGACUCCAUUGACCGGCGCUACAUGAAGAACGGCGGCGACCGUUUCAUUACCCCUCAAGCUUCGUCCACCUUGACACGCUCCUACAACAACUCCUACAAUGAUUCCUACGGUGAAACGCCUGAGAGUCAGUACAUCCGCCACUACGGUCUGCACGAUGGCUACACUGAUUUGACAGACAACUACGGCAGCCUGUCACGAGGCAUCAACUUCAGACCACCUCGCUACCCCUACAUGCCUAACAGCUAUCGGCCAGAGAACAGCUACACACUGCCAAAUCGUAAGGAUGACUACGGUCACAUGGCCCAACCCCAGGUGCCUAUGGGUAGCAGCACGGUGGACCUGAAUCGCUCGCAGCCUGAGCGCUUUCAGCCCGAACCAUAUGGUCUGGAGGACGAUCGCCGCAGCUUCGGCCCCGAGGACGAGGAGCCAUAUGAGCUCGAGCCUGACUAUUCCACCGCUAACCGACGCACACUAAAAGGAGCCAACCGGGGUCGCACCCACAGGGAACCUCUUCGUGAUGGACCCAGAGUCAGAGGCUACCCAGAUGAACCCAUUGACACCGAGCUGAUUGAUGAACGCCACCCUUACAUCCAGGGCAUAUAUUCUGCACCACUGGCCCAGCCGGAGCGGGGUAGCAUGGCCAGUCUGGACCGCAUGGGCGGUCGGCGCUCGCCCUCCAUCGACAGCAUCCGUAAGGAUCCACGCUGGCGUGACCCAGACCUCACGGAAGUCAUCGCCAUGUUGGCCCACCCCAUCGACCCCGUCAAAUCCAAUGCCGCGGCUUAUUUGCAGCACCUGUGCUAUGAAAAUGACAAAAUCAAAAAGGACGUGCGUCACCUCAAAGGAAUUCCGGUCCUGGUGGGGCUGCUGGACCACCCCAAGUCUGAGGUCCAUCGCAAGGCCUGCGGUGCCCUGCGCAACAUCUCGUAUGGCAAGGACAAUGACAAUAAGGUGGCGAUCAAAAACUGUGACGGAAUUCCUGCCCUCGUCCGCCUCUUGAGGAAGACCAACGACAUGGAGGUUCGAGAGCUCAUCACUGGAACUCUUUGGAACCUUUCCUCCUAUGAACCCUUGAAGAUGGUGAUCAUCAACCACGGUCUGCAAACAAUGACCAACGAGGUCAUAAUCCCACACUCUGGUUGGGAGCAUGAACCAAACGAGGACUCCAAGCCACGCGACGCAGAGUGGACCACUGUCUUCAAGAACACAUCUGGGUGCCUAAGAAACGUGAGCUCAGAUGGGGCGGAGGCUCGACGCAGACUGAGGGAGUGUGACGGCCUGGUGGACGCACUGCUGCACGCCCUCCAGUCAGCUGUAGGGAAGAAAGAUAUGGACAAUAAGUCUGUGGAGAACUGCGUCUGCAUCAUGAGGAACCUGUCCUACCACGUCCACAAGGAAGUGCCAGGGGCCGACAGGUUCCAAGACCCGUCGGCGCCACAGGCCCCCGGCUCUGCGGGGCCACAGAGGAAGAAGAAGGACGACGCCGGCUGCUUUGGAGGCAAGAAAGCCAAAGAGGAAUGGUUUAAUCAAGGUAGAAAAAAUGGUGAGAAUGACAAAAACUAUGACACAUUGGAUCUUCCCAAGCGUACGGAGCCAUCUAAAGGUUUUGAGCUGCUGUAUCAGCCAGAGGUGGUGAGGCUCUACCUAUCUCUGCUGACGGAGAGUCAAAACUACAACACCCUGGAGGCGGCCGCGGGUGCUCUGCAGAACCUCGGUGCCGGACAAUGGACUUGGUCUAACUACAUCCGGGCCACCGUGCGUAAAGAGAAAGGUCUCCCCAUCCUGGUAGAGCUGCUGCGAUCCGACUCCGACAAGGUGGUCCGAGCUGUGGCCAUCGCCCUCCGCAACCUCUCCAUCGACCGCCGCAACAAGGACCUGAUUGGAAGUUAUGCCAUGCGGGACUUGGUCAGUAAUUUGCCAAGCGGACAGCAGCGACCAGCCAAGAACUUGGAGGAAGACACGGUGGUUGCCAUCCUCAACACCAUCCAUGAGAUCGUCACGGACAGCUCCGAAAACGCUCGCUCCCUCAUCCAGGCCCAGGCCAUCGAGAAGCUGGUGGCGAUUAACAGGACCAGUCAGUCGCCCAGAGAAACAAAGGCAGCGUCUCAUGUGCUGCAAACGGUGUGGAGUUAUAAGGAUCUAAGGAACGCCUUGACAAAGGACGGCUGGAACAAGAGCCAUUUCCAGGUACUGGAUAAGUCACCCACAGCGACGGCAACCCCCAAAGCAACCAAGAACGGCAAACCAGGCUAUGAUGACACGACGCUGCCCCUGAUGGAGAAGAACCAAGAUGGUUACUCCACCAUCGACCAGAGGGACAAAGACUGCAAAUACAAGACAGGCGACAGCUCGGUGGACCUGACAGAACGGGAACCAUUAAAGAAUGACACAAGUAGGAAACACUAUAUCAGGAGUAACAGGCCUGCGGUCAGUCUGGUGGACGCUUGUGAUGUUAAGCCCCAGCCUGUUGAUUCCUGGGUCUAAAUGCAUGCAUGGUAAGGUCUGAAAAGGAAAAAAAAAAUCUGCAAAAUAACCACCCUCACCUCUUAAGUUGGACUGCAGCAACCCUUUUUCCAUUCCCUGUUUUGUUCAUCAGUUCCGUCUCCUUUCCCCUUACCUGCAACACAAUGCAUCAUCACUUUGCACCUGCAACAAGCGCAGAUCUCACCUGGUUCCACUGUAUGUACUCGGGUCAAAAUUGCAGUGGUCAAAAUGUAUCAGUGGGGGGGGAAUAAAUGAAUAUAAAAAAUGUGUGGAUAAUUGCCUUUUAUUAUUUUCAACUAGCAUAAGAAAUGAAAGAUAGAUAUUUAUUAAGAUGACAAAAAUAAAAGAAAUGAAGAUAUAAAACAUAAUAUAACGGAAAAAAAAGAGAAAUUGAAAAAAAUAAAUGAAUAUAAAAAAUGGGUGGAUAAUUGCCUUUUAUUAUUUUCAACUAGCAUAAGAAAUGAAAGAUAGAUAUUUAUUAAGAUGACAAAAAUAAAAGAAAUGAAGAUAUAAAACAUAAUAUAACGGAAAAAAAAGAGAAAUUGAAAAAAAUAAAUGAAUAUAAAAAAUGUGUGGAUAAUUGCCUUUUAUUAUUUUCAACUAGCAUAACAAAUGAAAGAUCGAUAUUUAUUAAGAUGACAAAAAUAAAAGAAAUGAAGAUAUAAAACAUAAUAUAACGGGAAAAAAAAGAGAAAUUGAAACAAUAAAUGAAUAUAAAAAAUGUGUGCAAAACAGUAUACUGAGUUUUUCACAUUUUUUUCUUAUUUUUGUUGUAACAAUGCACAACAGAGCCUGAUUUAAAGCGUCAGGAUCGCAUCAAAGCGUAAUAAAGUUCAAUAAAGCGUAAUAAAACGUAUCAAAGCGUGAUUUAAAGUGUAUCAAAGCGUGAGGAACGGUAACAAAGCGGCAACUAAUUCGUAUCAGAGCGUAUCAGAGCGUAUCAAAGCAUAACAUUACUUCAGAGAUCGGGAUAUUCGUGGAAAAAUUGACAAAAAUGACGGCGCUUUGCUCGCCGCUUGAAAGCGCGGCAAGCGCCGUUGGUGUGAACCAGGCAUAAAGCAAUAGACUCCAGGAACUGAUUAUUGUUGGGUGGCCACUGAUGUCCCCACUGAGCAUGUGGUGGUUUAGGUCAACAUUUUAUUCCAUCAGCAUUGGGUCUGUUUGUUUGUGUCCCAUUCUUUUAAUGCCAUACGUCCAUGUGUCGUAGCUUCAUGUUGACCUUCCUGUCUUCCUACUCCAAGUCAUCAUAUUUUCUCUCCAUGCUCGUUUUUAUCCUAACUGUAUCACAACUUGAGAUCUGUAGCCACAGUGGUGCUAUUCAGUCUAGUAAUGCUGCCUGAUUCCAAAGGUAUACACCGUUAGAAUGACCUAAGGUAAGUAAUUGCGCCUCAACUCCAGCCUCUCAUGAUUUUAAUCAUUAUCAGACAAUUAAGUUCAUCUCUCAUACCUCUUUUUAGUAGACUUCAAAGGCAUUGCGAUGACAAGUUCAAUAGCUUAUUACUAUUUGUGUUUGCAUGUAAUUGAAAGAAAAAGCAUUAAAAUAAACUACCGUACAUCACUAGUAGACACUCGUGAUCUCGCCCUGUCUCUGUCCUGUCCGCGUCGAGGUACUCGAUGUCCGUCCUUGGUUGUCAGCAGGCAGGGUCUGGAAUCAAACUGCCGACACGAGACAACCUCGCAAAGCAAGAUUACCCGUUGUGUGCCUUUGUACAGAUAGAAAAGUACAACUUCAACACAAUUGAUAAUAACUAUAGCAACAGCCUUUAAGCAUGAGAGUUGUGUGAUAACUCAUACAUACAAACCCCGCUUCCAUAUGAGUUGGGGAAUUGUGUUAGAUGUAAAUAUAAACGGAAUACAAUGAUUUGCGAAUCAUUUUCAACCCAUAUUCAGUUGAAUAUGCUACAAAGACAACAUAUUUCAUGUUCAAACUGAUAAACUUUUUUUUUUUUUUGCAAAUAAUCAUUAACUUUAGAAUUUGAUGCCAGCAACACGUGACAAAGAAGUUGGGAAAGGUGGCAAUAAAUACUGAUAAAGUUGAGGAAUGCUCAUCAAACACUUAUUUGGAACAUCCCACAGGUGUGCAAGCUAAUUGGGAACAGGUGGGUGCCAUGAUUGGGUAUAAAAACAGCUUCCCAAAAAAUGCUCAGUCUUUCACAAGAAAGGAUGGGGCGAGGUACACCCCUUUGUCCACAUCUGCGUGAGCAAAUAGUCAAGCAGUUUAAGAACAACAUUUCUCAAAGUGCAAUUGCAAGAAAUUUAGGGAUUUCAACAUCUACGCUCCGUAAUAUCAUCAAAAGGUUCAGAGAAUCUGGAGAAAUCACUGCACGUAAGCGGCAUGGCCGGAAACCAACAUUGAAUGACCGUGACCUUCGAUCCCUGUAUCAAAAACUGACAUCAAUCUCUAAAGGAUAUCACCACAUGGGCUCAGGAACACUUCAGAAAACCACUGUCAGUAACUACAGUUGGUCGCUACAUCUGUAAGUGCAAGUUAAAACUCUACUAUGCAAAGCGAAAGCCAUUUAUCAACAACACCCAGAAACGCCGCCGGCUUCUCUGGGCCCGAGAUCAUCUAAGAUGUACUCAUGCAAAGUGGAAAAGUGUUCUGUGGUCUGACGAGUCCACAUUUCAAAUUGUUUUUGGAAAUAUUCGACAUCGUGUCAUCCGGACCAAAGGGGAAGCGAACC